AUGAGUCCUAACAAUAACAACAACGGAAACAUUGCAUACACCAGUUCCUCGACCGACCAGUGCUCAGUAGAUGAAAGGAGAUACUCAAGCUUUCCUCCUUCUUCCGCAGCUCCUUCACUGUUUUCCUUGCUAGCAAACACAUUUGAAUCGCAAUCGCCGAUACCACUUUUCUCAGACAAUGACGAUGAGUCAGAAGGGACGGAUCGCCAAAGACUCUGUGAUAUCCUCUCUUCUGCGCUUGACGUUGUGGGAGAGGACUCUUCCAUCUACGGCGAUUCUACUUUUGCAUUCGGUUCCACGAAGCGGACUUCAUCAUCGCUUAAUUCACAGCAAGAUCAUUCAAGUCCAAAGCAGUGA